AUGGAAGGGAUCAUCCUUGGUGUCUUGUGUCUCUCAGGGUGCCUCACCUUCUCCACAUGCCUCCUCCAUCAGUGCCACUUUGUGUCUGAUGCAAAGACUUGGACUGAAGCUCAGAGCUACUGCAGAGAGAAGUACACAGACCUGGCCACUAUUGAAAACACUGAAGAAUUGGAGAAACUUAAGAACAUAGUUUCCACCGCUGGUGACAGCUCUGAGGUUUGGAUCGGCCUGUACAGUCAGAGUGACUGGAAGUGGUCAGAUGGGUUCACAGGGACUGGAGCUGAAUAUAGGAACGGGGCUCUUACUGACCCCCUCAAUGUAGAAGCCAAUGAGCUCUGUGUGGUCCAGAAGUAUGAUGAAUGGCAUGAUAUUGAAUGCCAUGCACAGAAUCAAUUUGUCUGCUACAAUGGAUCAUUAGAGGAUUCUGAAUUUGUGCCAGUGACUACAGUCAAGAAUUGGACUGAGGCUCAGAGGUACUGCAGAGAACACUUCACAGAUCUGGCCACUGUGAGGAGCUACACUGACAGAGACAAGAUAAAGAAAUUGAGUGCACUUCUCAAUUGUGCAUGGAUCGGUUUGUACAGAGAUCAUCAGAUUUACUGGUCCGACGGGAGUAACUACUCAUUCAGCUCCUGGUAUCAGAGGCGACACCCACUCGGCUCGAUGAAAGUCCAAUGUGGUGUCGCAGAUUUGGAGAAUGAAGGAAAAUGGAGGUUAUUUUCCUGUGAAGAACCAAAACCAUUUGUCUGCUACAACAUGCGUGGAUGGUGCUUCCUUGAGUAA